AUCACAAACGAAGCAGUUCUUUUGAAAUCAAGUUAGACUGACCUGUAGUGCUGACGGAGGAUUAGGGAUAGCGUUUGUUUGAGUUCAGUUUGGAAGUGGAAAUUUUGCAAUGACUACCUGGCGUGUAUAGCAAAAUAGGAGCCAGAGUCCCUGUUCCAUAUGGCUGUGUAUGAUGAGAACAUCCUGAAGAACCCUUUCUACCUGGCCUUGGAGAAGCAGCGGCCGGACCUAUGCAGCAGAGUGGCGGAGCUCCACGGCAUUGUGCUGGUUCCAUGCAGUGGGAGUCUGUCCGUCAGCACCUACUCCCCAGCCCAGUUUGAGGGCUACAUACUGCAGCCUGUGGACGGGGGAUACCAGACCCUGGAUGGGAAGGAGAUAGCCAUUCAGGACGGCCUGGUGAAGCUGGGGGCGGGCUUCCAGGCCCCCGCCGCGGUGCCCGUCCUGUUUGAGGAGACCUUCUACAACGAGAAGGAGCAGAGCUACAGCAUCCUGUGCAUCGCGCGGCCCAUCGAAACCGAGCAGAGCCUGGUGGAGGAGGUACCCACGCCCGCGCCGUAUUGCUUGAAGAAUGUGGACGACGUCAAGGAGUUCCUUGGCCGCCAUGCCGAAAAACUGGACAAGUUCAUUUUGACCUUCCGACACUCCUUCAAGGAGCAGGAGAGGAAGGGACUGCGGCACCACAUCGACUCUGUGAAUGCACUUUACACAAAAUGUCUUCAGUGCUUGCUGAGAGACUCCCGUCUGAAAGUACUGGCCAAGCAGGAGUUACAAAUGGCCCUUCUCAAGCAAGCUGUGGAGAUGUACAUACAUCAUGGUAUCCAUGAUUACAUCUUUAAGUACGUGGGAACUAUUGAAGCAAGUCAGGAUGCAGCUUUCAAUAAAAUCACCAGAAGUCUGCAGGACCUGCAGCAGAAAGACUUGGGUGUUAAAUCUGAAUUCAGCAUUAACAUCCCGCGGGCGAAGAGGGAGCUCAGUCAGCUGAACCGCUGCGCCUCCCCCCAGCAGAAGCUGCUGUGUCUGCGCAAGGUGGCCCUCACCAUAAUGCAGUCCCCCAGCCGCACCGUUAACGUAGAGGCCAUGUGUGCGGAUGAUCUUCUCUCUGUCCUCCUGUAUUUGUUGGUGAAAACGGAAAUACCCAACUGGAUGGCCAACCUCAGUUACGUCAAGAACUUCCGCUUCUGUAACUCGGCCAAGGAUGACCUGAGCUACUGCCUGACGUCGUUUGAAGCUGCUGUAGCGUACAUCAGCCAGGGGAACCUCAGCCCAGGUGCCACGGGGUCCGGGGAGCUGAAUGACAAGGUGGCCCUCCGGCAGAAGAUGAACCUGCUCUCUCAGAGCGCUGCCACGCCCAUCGACCGCCUGUUUGAGCACAUCGCUAACGGAAGCGAAGCGGAGGUGCGGCGGUUGCUGAGUGAGGGUGAGAGCGAGGAGGACGGAGCUCAGCUCUGCCACCCGCUGUGCUCCUGCGACCAGUGCGAGCGCCACCUGUCUGGGAGGCUGAACGACCCCUCCAUCGUCACGCCGUUCUCCCGAGACGACAGGGGCUACACGCCGCUCCACGUUGCUGCUAUCUGUGGUCAGUCCGCGCUGAUCGACCUGCUGGUGUCGAAGGGCGCGCUGGUCAACGCCACGGACUACCACGCCUUCACGCCGCUGCACCUGGCCUGUCAGAAGGGAUACCAGGGCGUGACGUUACUCCUCCUGCACUAUAAGGCCAGCACAGAGGUACAGGACAAUAACGGGAACACUCCCCUGCACCUGGCCUGCAUGUACGGACACGAGGAUUGUGUGAAGGCCCUGGUGUACUACGACCUGCAGUCCUGCAGGCUGGACCUCCAGAACGAUAAGGGGGACACGGCGCUGCACAUCGCGGCGCGCUGGGGCUACGAGGGCAUCCUGGAGGUGCUGCUGGAGAACCGGGCCAGCACCGCGCUCCAGAACCGGGCCAAGGACACGCCCCUGCAGUGCGCCCUCAACCCCAAAAUCCUGGCCCUGUUGGAGCUCACACACAACGGUUCGCUCAGAGGAGGAAGCUCCGGUGAGUCCCCAAACAGGUCCCCUCAGCCCUCGGGGGGGUCCAACAGCCGGCGCUCCUCUGUGUCCAGCACCUCCUCCCUCAACACCGACGUCAGGCCUGAGGCCGACAGGGUGCGGCACAAAGAGGUGGAGAAGCUGUUGCGGGCCGUGGCAGAUGGUGACGUGGAGAUGGUGCGCUACCUGCUGGAGUGGCUGGACGAGGAGCCCGAGGACGAGGAGGCGGGGCCACCCGCGCAGACCGAGCUGUGCCACCCUCUGUGCCAGUGCCCCCGCUGUGAGCCCACGCAGAAGAAGCUGGCCAGCCUGCAGACGAGCGGUCUGAGUGUGAACAGCAGCUCGGCGGACGGUUUCACGCCGCUGCACGUGGCAGCGCUGCACGGCCACACCGCGCUGGUCUCGCUGCUCAUCCGCCACGGCGCCAGCGUCAACGCCCGCAACAACCAGAGCGCCACGCCGCUGCACCUGGCCUGCCAGAACAGCCACACGCAGGUGGUGACAUCAUUACUGGAGUGUAAUGCUAAGCUGAAUAAGAAGGACCAGUAUGGGAACACUCCUCUAAUUCACACCUGUCUUAAAGGACACCUAGAUACCGCCGCCAUUUUGCUCAAGAGCAGCGCCUCGCUCAACAUCGCCAACAGCCAGGGCAACACGGCCCUGCACGAGGCGGUGCGCGGGGGCCACCUGGGCCUGGUGGAGCUGCUGCUGCAGGGCGGGGCCUGCGUCCACCUGAGGAACAAGAGGCAGAGGACCCCGCUGGACUGCGCGCUGGAGAUCGGAGGCAAGAACACAGAGAUAGUGAGGAGUCUGCAGAUGGCACUGGGCCUUUCUCCUGAGGAGCAUCCCAUCGCCAUGCUGUCUGUGCCCAGAGGAGCUCUGGGGAAGACCCAGUCGUUUGUGCGGAGGCUAAGAGCCCUGGAGGACCCACACGCCCGGCGGCGGGAGCUGGCCCACACCAUCCACCGGGUGCAUAAGAUGAAGAAGAGCAUGCUGAGGGACACGAGCGUGCCGUCCUUCGACUCCGCGCACGUCAGCCCGCCCCCCGCCAGUCGGCCCCAGAGGGGGAAGCUGAGGCGGGGCGAGACACUGGAGAGGAGCGGACCCUUUGCCCCGCCCGCGGACCUGACGGACGGGUGCCGGGCGAAGGAGAGGCCCGCCAUUCACGCGAAGACCUUCGACCGCUGCCCCACCGCCGUCGUCACGGAGCACCCCCCGAAACCCCCGAGCGCGGUGCUGGAACACCGCCCCACGGACACGGGGGAGGCGCACCCCUCGGACUCCCCCCACGCCCCCCAGCUCAAUGGAGACAGUGAGGAGGACCCUCACCCCGCCUCCGAACAGGGCGGCCAGGGCACCGGCUGCAGUGUGCAGGGCACGCCCAAAGAAAUGGAAGACCUGGUGUCAAAAACACUGUGAGCACAGCCCGGGAGUGGGGCUGGGGGGCGAGCCAGGGGGUCACAGAGCAGAAACACUCUCUCUCUCUCUCUCUCCUGGACAGUUUCAGCUGUGGAGACCAGAGUCCAGCCCUCACAGCUGGUCAGAAGGAUCUGUAAUUUGCUUCUUUUUCCAAGCACUGUCUUUCACUUUAUCAUGUCAAACCUUUACUGAAAAAGGGACGCAGAACAGAGUAUGUUCCUGACCUCUUAUAAAUAUUUCGGUUUUCUAUUUCUCCCCACAGAAUAAAUGUGUGUGUGUGUGUGUGUGCGUGCGCAAUGAACUGUGUGUGUGUGUGUGCACGUGUAUGCGCAUGUGUGUGCGUGUGUGCGUGUGCAAUGAACUGUGUGUGUGUGUGUGCGUGCGUGCGUGCGCAAUGAACUGUGUGUGUGUGUGUGUGUGUGUGCGUGCGCAGUGAACUGUGUGUGUGUGUAUGUGCACGUGUGUGUGUGUGUGUGCAUGUGAGGUGAAUGAAAACCGCGUAAAUAAGUCAGGCACAGCUCGUCAUGUUCUAAACCUUCAUUUGCUUGACAUGGUGAAAAUCUGCGAGCCGCACACACAUAGUUAAUUUAGGUCUUAUGAGUUUUAAUUUGCAAAUAUAGUGGUCUAUUUUUUUAAAAAAAGGUCUUUCAAAUAGUUAAGCAUUCCAUGAAGACCUCAGGGUUUGAUUUGAAAUGAGUGCUGUUUAUUUCGCUGGCUGCAGCAUCGCGUUCCCCGCGUGCCCCGUAAACAACUUGUGCUCCGCCAUCGCCAGACAAAGCACGGGAGAAGCUAACAGCGAACGGACAUGAAAGAAUAACAGGGUAGAAAUGUGCAGACUUCUCUAUUAUUAAGGCUGUGUCUGUGUGAGGUGGAAAUGCUAAGUUUCGCUGUGCUGUAUGCAAUUAAGUUGGCUAGAAUGAGAUCGGUGUAUUCAUAAAGCAUUUGUGAGAGUUUGAAUGCUAUUUUCCCGUAAAAGUCGUCACGGAUGAGGUUCAACUGUGGACAGAGGAAACUUGAUCCAAGAUCAAUACUCCCGCUCUCCGAUGGUUUAUGAAUACAGGGGCCAGAGCUUUAAUGGCUAAAAUCUUAACUGUUCAGUCAAUUGAAGUUUCAUUCUGCAUCCACCUGGUUUUGCCAGAGGAAAUAAUGUAUUAUAAUGAAUAGUAAAUUAGAAAACUACCACAGAAAAUCAGUUUGAUCUCUUUGAUGUAGUGUUAUUAAAUAAAGCUAAAUAACAGCUACUGGGGGUUGGAGGGAGAAUGUGAACAGUGUUAUUUUUUAAGGUUGCCUGUGCUCAGCCACUUGCACAUUCAGUAAACUAGCAUUGUAGGGUUGCCACAAGGGGGCAGCAUUGUCUUAAUACCUUUCCAUACUAUGUGCCGCAAAUUAAAGAGUAAACGAAUGCAUGUCUUCCUCCCCAAAUCCAGUUCUUCCCUCUUGAGUUUCUGUAUCCCUGUCUCCAUCACGCCAUGCAGCUAAGGCAGGCACUUUACAGUCACGCUUAUCUUUCUGUCGCAUGAGGGUCGUUGUGGAGCAACAUAUCCAUUCAGCUAUUUGAGAUAAGAUUUAUAAAUUUAGUGUAUGUCUUGAGAGACAUUUUACAUUGCAGAACCUGGUGCAUCCGUUUACCUUUUUUUUUAAUACCUGAAGUUUAGCUUUUUGAAAAGGUAAUACCGCUAGCAUUUUAUAGUAAGCUCGUUAUUUCGGUGUAACUGAGUCAUCCAAUCAGAUUAGGAAAGUCUUAUUUUUAUACUGUUUAUUUGGACUUUGUUUUGAAUUAUGUUUAAAAGCAGUGAAUGUGCCUUAUUUAAUUUGUGCCAAAAUAACCUAUAAUAAACCCAUGGGUAACUACA